AUGCGAUGCAUUCAUGAACUCGCAGAUGUAUUCAUAAAUGAUUCAGAUGAGAGAAUCCUCACACAGCUGUUAGAUGCUACGGAGAUAGAUAAACAUGCUGAUUAUGAAUCUUUUUUUUCCAUUAACUCUGAUGAGAGUAUAAUGAAGGCAAGACCUUGGAAGUCAAAUGCCAAAUACUUCAAGAAAACAUAUAUAUCUUCGUUAGCAUUAUGUAAAAUGUCAGUUCAUGCCAAAUCAGGAGGUGCAAUUGAAGUUAUGGGGAUGAUGACUGGCAAGAUUAUUAAAAACUCAAUAAUUGUGAUGGAUGUUUAUCCAUUGCCAGUUGAGGGUACCGAGACAAGAGUUAAUGCUCAGGCAGAAGGUUAUGAAUAUAUGGUGCAAUAUCUAGAAAACCUGAAACAAGUGGGUAGAGAUGAGAAUAUUGUUGGAUGGUAUCAUUCACAUCCAGGUUAUGGCUGUUGGUUGUCUGGUAUAGAUGUUGCAACGCAAAGUUUGAACCAGAAUUUCCAAGAUCCGUAUCUAGCUAUAGUUAUUGAUCCGAUGAAAACAGAGGACCAAGGAAAAGUUGAGAUUGGGGCCUUCCGGACCUUUCCUGAUAAUUACAAAUCCCCUGAUUCCGCUGCACCUACUAACAAUACUAGAGGAGUCCCCCCGUCCAAACAGAAAGAUUUUGGGGUUCAUUCGGAUAAGUACUAUUCAUUAGAUAUCCAAAUCUUCAAGUCCAAUCUAGAUACUGAAAUUCUAAACAUCAUAUCGAACAAAUCGUGGAUCGGCAAACUAAUCAAAUCGGUCAACACAGCGAAUCAUCAAGAACAAAAUAUGAUAGAAAACGUAUUCAAGUUGAUCAAUAAACUUCAGAAGAAGGAAGUCAAUCAAUUGAACAGGUUCGAAAUCUCGUUUAUCAAAAAAUUCGACUUGAUCUUUGAAGACAUAAUAAGCAAGAAGCUUAUGAAUGACAAUAGAUUCUACAGUACAAUAUCACAGAGUUCCUAUGACAGCUUUAGUGGGCAUGGGAAUUCAUCAAGCAACGAUGAAAUGGACGACGAAAGCGAUCUCGAUGACAGAGACAAGAGCAGUGCACCCCUAGACAUUUCUGACACGGGAAACGACGACGUUAUGUCCAUGGAAAGCUCGGUCAACGUCUACACAGACAAGAGAGGAGAUGACAAUGACGAUGAUGAUGACAACGACGGCUAUGACAAAAGACCCAUGUACACCAAUUAUAGAUCAAGAGCAAAUCUAACCAAGCCACGAAAACUGGGUUCCUCGCCGGAAGAACAUGUGAAGUUACUGAAUAACGUAAAUAAGACCAUCACAAACAUAUCUAAUCAUAGUAAAGAUAUAGGUCUUACAGAACUACAGGACUUGAUAGCCCUAAAGACCAAAGAGCUGAUUUUUUUGGGCAAAUAA